UAGUGAUGGUAAGGUUCUUUUAUAAGAUAAUUGUCUCAAGAGCACAAAGCCAAAUCGCACGAACCGCCGCCUCCACCGCCUCCUCCUCCGCCUCCAGUGACCCCUGUGACACUACCGUACAUGGCUUGCGGUCGCCGUCGCCGGAGAGAAGAUGGAGGUGUCGACCCAGAUAUGGCGACUGGGCCUCGUCUUGAGAGUCCUCACUUCUUCAAGAUCAUUCUCUCCGACACCCUCGAAUCUGGGAAGCUCGGAAUUCCGAAAAAAUUCUUAGGAAGAUAUGGGAUGGAUCUCUCAAGCUUGGUGCUACUCAAGGUUCCAGGCAGUUCGACCUGGACUAUAGGAGUAGCAAAGAGUAACAAUGGCACGGUUUGGUUGUGGAAAGGGUGGCGAGAAUUUAUGCAGCAUUACUCCAUUGGUCACGGUCACCUCGUAGUUUUCAAAUAUAAAGGGAACUCUGCUUUUCGCGUAAUAAUAUUCGAUAAGAGUGCUUCGGAGAUCAAUUAUUCGUUGAGCAGCAUAUCAAACCUCAGGAGUGGAUUUAUAUCGCCGAAGAGGGAGGAUAUUGUAGAAGUUGAAGAUUCAGAGGAUUUUGCUCCUUGUCAAAAAAUGAGGGUCAAACCACAUUCACCAUGUUCUCAGCCGAGUCCAAGCUGCUCAUCACAAGAUCUCGAAGAAGGGAUCGGACGGUCUAGAUGCAGAGCUAGCCAUCCUGAGCCGAAUUUUGGUGGUCCUAUGAGUUCGUGGCCUCUCCGUAGUUUUGAAUUGGCCAGCGAAUUUGACUCAGAGUAUCCUUUUUUCAAGGUGGUGAUCCGGCCAUCUUAUAAUGGACAUCAUGUAGUGAAUGUUCCUCGUGGGUUCAUCACGCAGCACAUUCAGGAAAUCAAGGAAAUCGUGACUCUCAGGCAUUCAAAUAGAACAUGGCCUGUGAAGCUUAGGAGCUAUCCAAGUGGGUUGAUGCAGUUCUCUUCUGGUUGGAUUGCAUUUGUGAGAGGAACUGGCUUGCAUGCAGGAAAUGUCUGCGUGUUCGAGCUAAUCGAUAGAGAUGAUAUUGUGUUCAGAGUCUACAUUUUCAGCAGCGCAGGCAGGAAAAAACAGUCUAAAUGCAGAAUGAACCAUUUGGAGCCAGUGUUUUAUGAUCCCACUGCUUCGAGGCCUCUCCCUACUCCUGAAUUAGCCAGCAAAUUUGAUUCGGAGCAUCCCUUCUUCAAACUGGUGAUACGUCAGUGUCAUUUUAAAAAAUUGCAUGUUCCCGGUCAAUUCGCCGAGCAACAUAUUCAAAAAAACAAGAGAAAGGGAACUCUUAGGUAUUCAGAAAGAUCGUGGCCGGUGAAUCUCUCAAGAUAUACGCAGGGAACCCGAGUGUUCUUUUCUGCUGGUUGGCCUGCAUUUGCAAGAGAAACUCAUAUGCGUGUAGGAAAUGCCUGCGUGUUUGAGCUCAUUGAUAGGGAUGAUGUUGUGUUCAAAGUCUCCAUCUUCAGUAGUGGUGGCAGGUACAAACGGUCUAAAUGCAGAGUGAACAAUCUUGAGCCGGUAUUUCAUGAUCCUGCUCCUCCGAGGCCUCUUGCUACUCCUGAAUUAGCCAGAGAAUUUGAUUCGGAGCAUCCUUUCUUCAAACUGGUGAUACGGCAGGGUCAUUUGAAAAAACUGGGUGUUCCCGAUCGAUUCAUCAGGCAACAUAUUCAAGAAAACAAGGGAACGGCAACUCUUAGGUAUUCAGACAGAUCGUGGCCGGUGAAGCUCUUAACAUGUAAGAAUAAAAAGGGAGCGUUGUUCUCUGCUGGUUGGACUGCAUUUGCAAGAGAAACUCAUUUGCGUGUCGGAAAUGCCUGCACGUUUGAGCUCAUUGAUUGGGAAGAUAAUGUGUUCAAAGUCUCCAUCUUCAGAUAAUGCUGUUCGCAGCAUCGAUAUAAAUCCGGGAUGCCAAAUUAUACCUCCUUCAUGCAGCAAUGGCAGAUCGAUGAAAAGUCGACUCUUUUUUGUUCAUGUUUUCUUGUUUUUUGGUGGUAGUUUCGGUUCUGUAGUUCCAUAAUUUGGGAAGAAUCCCUCAGACUUGGCGCUUCUUUAAGGUUUCUGGUUGCUCAACUGACCUCAAGGGUUCAUAUGUACUUCCUUAACAUCUUGUGUUAGACCGAAGGGUCCAUGCGUUAACUUUUUG